UCGCUCUCACUGUCGAGCUAUUCGCCUCUCUUUUCCUCCUCUGCUACCAUUCCAUUUCUCAAGAGAUCCCUUCCUCGGAGGCAGAACUGAGGCUGAUUGUGGAUUGCUGAGCACGGGCCUGAUUGAGAUGUCAUGUGGAUAAGCUGCUUGCUCUGAGGUGACAGGAAAUCACACAAUCUACAGCAUUUAACUCCCAACACUCGGAUGCCCUUAACAGGAAUUCAGGGGGAAGGAUGAAAACCUCAGCAGCUAAGAAACCGGCGGUGUCUUGACUUCAAAGGAGGGGUUGGAUGUUAUUUCAUUCCCUCUACCGCCCCCAGUCAAUCAAAGGUGGAGCUGAUUGCAACAACUGGAAUGGAUUGAUUCACAUACAGAACAUGGGAAGCAGCUUUAACAUCUAUGAGAUUGCUCAUUCACUGGAUGCAUCUUAUGGGACAAUUUUUAGGAGUGGCAAUAUGACUGGAAGACACCUCCAUUACUGAGGACAGGAAAAUGCAGCUGUUUAACUCUACAGGUGAAGAGGAUCUGCCAGCGAACAGCAGUGACACUUGGGUGGGUAAUGUGGAGCAGGUCCUGGUCCCAAUAUUAGAUAUAUUGAUUCUGGUGUUUGGGGUGGGGGGGCACACCAUGGUGAUGGUGAUCCUGUGUGGGAGGCAGAGGAGAGGGCCUCCCCAAAGCUCAAUGACAGGCACAGGUACAGACGUCCUCCUGCUGGCUCUGAGCUCUGCAGACCUUCUGUUGCUCUCCAUGCUUCCCUUCCACACUGUCGCCAUCGCCAUGCAGCAAUGGCCAUUUGGGAACAUCAUGUGUCGUCUGGUGGGCUUCUUGGGAUCGGCCUGUUCUUCGGCUAGCAUCUUCACACUCGCCACGCUGGCUGUGUCGCGCUAUCUGACUGUGGUGAAGCCUGCCAGAGCUUACAGCCUCCUCUCUCAUCGCCGGGUCUCUAUAACUGCUGCGCUGCUCUGGGUCCCCGCCUGCUGCCUGGCGACUCCCCAGCUGGUUUUUCGCUCUGUGGGAAUCCCACGCAGCACCCCUGAUGGCCUCACUUGCUUCGCUUUCCUGUCCCACAGAGACCAGAUGAUCUAUGGAUUGUUUCACUUCCUCAUGGCCUUCUUGCUUCCACUGGUCACCAUUGCGGUGGCAUACGGCAGCAUCUACAUGUUCCUGUGGCGGAGACGGCAAGCUGGCAGGGCCCCUCAAGUAGAGCACCACCAGAGCAAGGUGACCCUGACAUCCGCCAUGCUGGUGCUGGCUUUCACCCUGUGCUGGCUACCGUCCUACGGCCUGACACUGGCCUUACUGGUGGAUGAAAGGUCAGGGGCCACUGGCACUUCACCACGUUACGGCCCCUUCAGUGUGUUUGCACGGUUCAUGGCCUCCUCCUCUACAGUGAUCAACCCCAUCCUCUAUGUGCUCAUGUCCGAAAAGUUCAGACAGGACCUACUGGGGCUGUUCAAGAGGGGAGGGCAAAGAGCCAGUGGGACUGCCUGACAGUAUUAGUAUCAGCACCUUUCCUGAUGUAACUGACCACCUGACACACAACCACUGAACAAAUCCUGACUACUGAGAAUUAGAAUGAAACAAUUACAGAAAGACUCAUAUGAAGGAAAUGGACACUACCAUUACCCUCAUGAGGAAAGUCUACUUCACAAGGCAAAACAACAGCGUACUUCACUCAAAGACAAGACAUUACCUCUUAAAAACAUUCACUUUGUUAGUCUGAAGAUGAAACGGUUUGCCCUGGGAGGUGCUGCUCUACAGGGACAGUAGAACAAACAAUCCUGGAUCAUGUACUCCUUGUAAAAACAGAUUAAAGAAAAGGCACUUUGGUAAAACA